AUGCGUACCUGUGCCUUGCUGCGUACCGCAGCUGCGGCUGGCCCGUCUGUCACCAACUUUAAAGUGCUGCUCCAGGGUGAGUGCGUGCUUCGCUACGACGCAGCGUCGCAGGUCGCCAUCCUCUCAAUGGAGCGCCACGCGCGCAAAAAUGCGAUCGGCGUCAGCUUCCUGAACUGCAUCCAGCAGGCCAUCGACGUAUGCAUGGCUGGGGCUCCGUCUGCCGCUUCUACCACUGCCGCCGACUGUCCGCCCGUGCGCUGCCUGGUCAUUUCCAGCGCCGUCCCGAAAGUCUUCUGUGCUGGCGCGGAUUUGAAGGAACGGAAGGAGAUGUCUGUCGCGGAGUCGCGCGCGUUCGUUCAAUGUCUGCGUCAAACCUUUAGUAACUUGGAGGACUUGCCCAUUCCCACCAUUGCCGCCAUCGAGGGCAAGGCGCUCGGCGGCGGCAUGGAGCUGGCCCUGUCGCUAGACAUACGCGUGGCAGGCGACGGGGCCACCGUGGGCUUUCCGGAGACAGGGCUUGGCAUAAUCCCCGGGGCAGGUGGUACCGUGCGUGCGCCUGCGGUGCUCGGCGUUAGCCGUGCGCUGGAGCUGAUCCUGACGGCUGAGCAGGUGUCCGCUCAGCGUGCUCUGGAGCUGGGGCUCGUAAACCGUGUCGUGCCGGCCGGCUCGGCCCUUGAGUCCGCCCUGGACCUGGCACUGCGGAUCUCCAAGAACGGGCCGCUCGGCGUGUGUGCUGCGAAGAAGGCGGUGCGCUCUGCCGCGGGUAAGACGCGGGCGGAGGCGAUGCAGGUGGAAGCAGAGCAGUACGAGGUUGUGCUCCGCUCCGAGGAUCGCCUUGAGGGUCUCAAGGCCUUUGCAGAGCGUCGCACUCCCGUGUACAAAGGUAAGUAA